GAGCGUGACGAACGGCUUGUUCGAAAGUACAACAAGGAAGUGACCGCGUAUCGUGAAGGGAAAAAAAGAAUCACUCGGAGGAAAAAACAAAAACAAAAACAACCCUCUUCCAAGUCCGCUCGCCUGCUGGGUGUCUCGGGGGGUGGGUGGGGGCAGAGUCAUCGUGGACUGGCACGGGGGCCCGUGUGUGUGUUCGUCUCGAGGAAUUCUGCUUGUAGCCCUGCUAGCUAGCUAGCGAUGAACACGGACGUGGAAUUUCACAUCAGGCAGAACUAUCCGUGGAACAAGCUCCCCGCGAACGUCAAACAGCAUGUGGAGAAGAGGAGGAGGCGCGUCCGUGUGCACACAGUGGCUUUUGUGCCGCCGCUCCGGCGGCCUGUCUCCCUGAGCAUCCUCAUCAGAGCUGGAGCACCAACUGGGAAAAGAUAGUUUGGGGAACUCUCAGCGCGAGUAUGAGAAGCACGUGCUGCUGUACAGCAUCCGCAACCAGCUGCGAUUCCGCAAUAACCUAGUGCGCCACGUGAGGAAGGAUGAGCGCAAGUACUACGAGGAGCUCCUGAAGUACAGCCGCGACCACCUGAUGCUCUACCCGUACCACCUGUCUGACAUCAUGGUCAAAGGGCUGCGAGUCACGCCGUUCUCAUACUACAUAGGAAUCAUGGAGGAUAUUAUGAACAGUGAGAAGAGUUACGACUCCUUGCCCAACUUCACUGCUGCGGACUGUCUGCGGCUGCUUGGCAUAGGGAGAAACCAGUACAUUGACCUGAUGAACCAGUGCAGGUCCUCUAAAAAAUUCUUCCGCAGGAAAUCUGCACGGGACCUGCUACCGGCUAAACCUGUGGAGAUCUCUGUGGAGCCAUGGUGGGUUGCACAGUCGGGCUUCAUCACCGAGGACGAUAUCAGGAUCUGUUCUUCAGCAGAGAAGAAAGCCAUCGAUAAGAUGAUAGAUUCUGGUCCUCAGCUGGCUGGAUCAAUGGAGUACAAUGUUGUCUUGAGCUUGUACAACCGGGGCUUCAUCUACUUGGAUGUUCCCAUAUCUGAUGACAGCUGCAUCUCAGUUCCCCCGCUGGAAGGCUUCGUCAUGAACCGUGUCCAGGGCGAUUACUUUGAAACGCUUCUCUACAAAAUCUUUGUGUCCAUUGAUGAGCAGACAAACGUAGCGGAGCUGGCCAAUGUGUUGGAGAUUGACUUGGAUUUAGUGAAGAAUGCAGUGUCCAUGUACUGUCGCCUUGGCUUUGCUGUGAAGAAAGGUCCGGUGAUCGGCUCAGACCAGCUCCACCCCACCUGGAAGAACGCCCCUUCUCUAAACAGACUCAAGGGCACCAUGGACCCUCAGAAGAUGCUGUUGUCCUGGGAGCAGGGCAGUCCUGUUAUGGAGGGAGGCUCCUCUGCCACUGACACCGACACCACCAGUCUGGAAGACCAAGCAGACACAGCCAGCGUGAGCAGCCUGAGCAUCCCAGCUGCACCCACCAAGAGGAUUGCCUUCCUCUUUGACUCCACCCUCACAGCCUUCCUUAUGAUGGGCAACCUGUCUCCGAACUUGAAGAGUCAUGCGGUGACCAUGUUUGAGGUGGGUAAGCUGUCUGAUGAAACUCUGGACAGCUUCCUGGCGGAGUUGGAGAAGGUGGAGAGCACGGCAGAGGGCGAGGCCCAGCGUUACUUUGACCACGCUCUGACCCUGAAAAACACCAUCCUGUUUCUCCGCUACAACAAAGAACUCUCUCAGGAUCAGGGACCUGACAUCCCAAAUAUAGGUUUCCCCUUGGACAUGCUGCGCUGUGAGAGCCUGCUGGGUCUGGACCAGGCCACUUGCAGCCGCGUCCUCAACAAGAACUACAAGCUGCUGGUGUCGAUGGCGCCGCUCAGCAACGAGAUCAGACCCAUCAGCAGCUGCACGCCUCAGCACAUUGGCCCGGCCAUACCUGAGGUGAGCUCCAUCUGGUUCAAGCUGUACCUGUACCACGUGACAGGCCAAGGCCCGCCGUCUCUGCUGCUCUCCAAAGGCUCCAGGCUCCGCAAACUGCCAGACAUAUUCCAGGGCUACGACAGGUUGUUGAUCACUUCCUGGGGUCACGACCCAGGCGUCGUCCCUACGUCCAACGUGCUGACCAUGCUCAAUGAUGCCCUCACACACUCUGCUGUUCUCAUCCAGGGUCAUGGUGUGCAUGGCCACGGAGAAACUGUCCACAUUCCUUUCCCGUUUGAUGAGGAGGAUCUGAAGGAAGAGUUCUCCUACGCCAACAUGUGUGUGCACAAAGCGCUGCAGAAACUGAAGGAGCACGUGGACCUGGAACACCAGUGUGGCUACAUCACCAUGCUCAACUCCAACAACAGGCACCGUCGCCGGGCCAGCGACAGCACUGAGUGCAGAGGAGAUACUCAUCUCGGUGGAGGAGGCCUGGACACCAAUGGCAGCACUGAGUCCUUUGAACUCGUGACAGAAGAGAACAACGGGGAGAGCAAAGGAAAGACAGACACCUUUUCGUGUGAAGAUGAGUGGGUCCCUCUCGAGCUGUGCUUCGGCAUGCCUCUCUUUAGCUCUGAGCUCAACAGCAAAGUGUGUCGAAAGAUCGCCUCGCACAAACUCUGCGGCAGUGAAAGCCUUCAAGAACUUCUUCACUCGAGCCGAAAGCUGUCGCUGAAGGUGUUGAGCUUUGUUCACUCAUUCCAGGAUGGCAGCUUGUCUGCAGACCUGGACAGUGGCGUGUCGAACCCUCUAAGUCAGCCCCCGGCGGAGUCUGGUGUCCCCCUUCCCGCCCUCAAUCUCCUGUUCAAGGAAGGACAGCUCAGGGAGUGGAGCGGCCGGGCGCCCCCUGCUCUGAACAUCUCCGCCCUGCAGAAGGACCAACCCACAUAAACCAAACCCCAAAACUUCCAGAUUUGGUCACGAGAAAAAAAGAAACCCGAACAUCAUCUCCUUGAAAAGGACCCACCCCCCACGUCCUGAGCGUCACGUCUCACUGCGCAGACUCUUAACCGAGGUUCAAUCCCUGCAUCUUCGCAUCCGAAGGAAACAAUCAGUCAAUAACUUUGUCCAUCAGUAUCCAGUCAUGGGAAAGUUAUCCCUGCCAGCACUUUGUCAUUUACCAACUGUAUGAGGAAUAGUCCUUGCCAACACUAGUUUGAACCCCCUCCUCUCUGUGAUCCCUUUUAUUCAUGGGCAGUGUUAUCUGUUGGAGUGGUGCUAUUAUCACAGUAUAUAACUAUGAUGCAGGUAAACGGCAUAAAACCUGGAAGACCAUUUAACACGAGCGCUGUUCUCCACCGACAACCCCCCCCCCUCCCUUUAUGUUUUGUGAUCUUGGAGAACGGAGUGUAAAGUGGUUUUAAUAUUGUAUAGAUGUUCUAAAAAGAAAAAAGCCCCACAAUAUAAACGAAGGAUGUGUUGAACAGACUUCUUCAGGAAUCAUUUGACAAUAUGCAUAUUUUAGGUCCAAGUCGUGGGACAUGAGGAGUGAGUUUAAAAGCAGCCCCCCCCCCCCCCCCCAGCCUCCCCGCCUCCCCGUGUUGUCUCAUGUUAAGUGACCUGAUGCAUGAUACUGUUGCACAACUCGUACCAUGAAAAAAAUACUUUCCUCUUUACUUGUAAUCAAUAUUGGGCUUUUUUUUUUAUUUGCACUGUACAUGAUUACUCAAACCUUGUGGAUGAUAUAAUGUUAUUUAAUUUUCCAUUGUAGUGCGCACAUGAUGUUAGAGCUCACAUUUAUCACAAGGAAGUGUUCCUUGUCCUGGGAACUCAGGCUUGUUAAAAAACUGACUGGGCAUCAUUUCUUUUUUUUAAUCAUUUGUUAUGAUUCUUUCUCAAUGCAAGAGGACACCAAAGACCUUUUUUUUUUUUCUCCUGUAAAAUAUUCUUAUUUUUUACUUCUCUUCUACUGUCAUUCCUUUUAUUCUGUUGCCUUAAUACUUUCAGCCAAUCAGAAAGUACCAGGUCUUGGAUCAAAUCAGCUGAUUUUGAAUAGUUUUGUUUUUUUUAGUUUUUGCCUUCUUUAGAUUAUUCACAUUUUUCAAAUGAUUUGUGUUUAUAACCAAUAAUGUUAAUAACAUCGGUUCCCAAACUAUCUCCCCCGUUCAAGAUUUGAUAAGCUUGAUUGAGUGGACCUAAUUGCAUGGGACGGGAACAGGCAGGUGCGUGCGUGCGUGCGUGCGUGCGUGCGUGCGUGCGUGCGUGCGUGCGUGCGUGCGUGUGUGUGUUUGAGUGAGUGAGUUUGAGUGAGUGAGUGACCCGGGCCCGUUGCCUGCAAGUAGUCGUCCCUGGAUGGUGUCCAGGUUUGUGUGCACUGCAGUGCACGGCUCUCUUGGCCGACCCGCCACACUCUCCGAGGGACCCUGUGUACACCAUGUUUUUCAAAUGUGGGGUUUGUAGUCUGGAGAGGAGAAGACAACUUAUCUGUGUAGGCUGCCACACACCCAGGGGAUGGGAAUGCUAAUGCUUUGCCCAGCUUCUCAGAGAUGUGCUGGCUCAAAAAACUGUGUGAAGUCCUGUCAGGAAUUUUCAGUGUUGCUUCAAGAAUAAAAGGGUUCUUUAUAUUUCAUUUAGGAUAAUAACCCAUUUUGCAGUGUUUUUGUUUUGUUUUUGUGAAGGAGUCUGCCCUCUGCAGUUGUUGACCCACUUGUGGUUGUUGUUUCUAAUUAUGUGACGCUGAUAUAGAAAAAAAAAAGAAGACAAAAUGAGUUCCUGUUGAAGCAUGAUGACUGUGUAGAAACUGUUGUGUGUAUGUUGUGUAUGGGUGUGUAUUGUACACUUCACUCUUGGUGUGUUUUGAUACACACCUACCUUUCACAAUAAGACUCCCGGUCCGGCCUGCCUUGUUAUUUGGUUGCAGUUAUUUGGUCAUCCCAGAUAUCCCCAGAUAUACGUCUACGAGAGUAUUUAAGGAAAAAAAAAAAUAAUGCUAGUUUUAUAUGUCAGUCUAUAUUUUAGGAAUCAUAGUUGUAGCUUGUUCAAUGGGACUAUGAAUAUCAUUGACUGAAUUUAUGACAAUGAUGCUCUUGUAAUUAAAUGGGUUAAAAAAAGAAAGAAAGUGACAUUCCUUCAACAUGCCCUCCUCUUCUAUUCUCUCUCCAUCCCCCCUCUGCUCCGAAUACAUGUUGUUAUUAUUACAAAUAAAUAUGUAAAAAGUAUAUGAAAAUAUAAAUAAAUAUGUAAUAAGAACAAA